GACCAUGAUAGUCUCAUCUUUGCUCUAUUCAGUCAGAAAAUUAAAUCAUUUUCAAGCUCUCAGGCUUUUACAAAUUGACUGCACGGGGUGUUAAAGCUGCACAUGUGCACACACACAAUUGUUUCUGUGUUUCACGUAUCUGUAAACCUUUCAUAUUAUCCUUCCUUGGCUUUCAUCCCCAGCUCACCUAUAGCUCUGCUACAGAACGGAAUGACAAAAACGAGGCUGCCUUUUUCCACUGGAUGUUCCCAAAUGGAAAUAAGCAGUACUUGGGGCUGCUCCAGUUGUUGCUCCAUUUUAGCUGGAUAUGGAUUGGGGUGAUCUAUGAUGAAGUUGAGAGUCUAGAAAAGUUUGUGAUGGAGUUGCUUCCAUUGUUUUCUCAGAAUGGUAUUUGCACUGACAUCAUUGAGAAAAUACCAGUAAAAAGUUAUCAGAAUGGCAUCACUGAAAUGAUAAGUGACUGGACUGCCACAUUUCAGCGUGUCUUCAACAGUACAGCCAAUGUCAUGAUCUUUCAUGGUGAGGUUCAGAGCAUAUCUUAUUUAAGAAUUAUAUACCACUUUUUCAAAUUCGAAGGCAUAUCAAUUCAAGACAAAGGAAAAAUUUGGAUUAUGACAGGGGAGACAGAUUUCACAUCAUCUCUCUCUCAAAGAACGAUGGACAUCCAUUUCCUUCAUGGUGCUCUCUCCUUGACACUUCAUUCGAAGGAGGUGUUAGGAUUCAGACAGUUCCUGCAAACAAGAAACCAUAUAUCAGAAAAAGGGGAUGACUUUGUUAGGGUUUUCUGGGAAGAGGCAUUUAAUUGCUUGUUUCCCACCUCUAUCCUGGAUGAACUGGAUGAGAAUAUCUGCACUGGAAAGGAGAAACUGGUGACUCUUCCAAGCUCUGUUUUUGAAAUGAGCAUGACUAGCCACAGCUAUGCCAUUUAUAAUGCAGUUUACGCUCUGACAUAUGCUUUCCAUGCCAUGCAUUCAUCCCCGUCAAAGAGGAGAGCAGUGGUGACUGGAGGGAGAAGGAGUAUGUUAACUCCGCAGUCAUGGCAGAUCUCUCACUACCUGAGAAGUUGGUCAUUCAACAACAGUGCUGGAGAGUUUUCCUUUGACCAAAAUGGAGAAGCUGUUGGUGGAUAUGAUAUUGUCAAUUGGGUCACAUUCCCAAAUCUGUCUUUUCUUCGCAUUAAAGUUGGGCAUAUAGAUUUACAGGCUUCCACAGGCAUAUCGUUCACAAUUGAUGAAGAUAUCAUUGAAUGGCCCGGCAUAUUUAACAAGAUACGGCCAUUAUCACUAUGCAAUAGCCAUUGCUCCCCAGGAUAUAGAAGGGUAGAGGUAGAAGGGCAGCCAUACUGUUGCUAUGAUUGUCUUCGAUGUCCUGAAGGGGAGAUUUCCACCCAGACAGACAUGAACAGUUGCUUUCAGUGUCAAACAGGCUAUUAUCCAAACAAGAACCAUAACAUUUGCCUUCGAAAGGUUAUAACAUUCUUGUCUUAUGAGGAACCUUUGGGAAUUGGUUUGGCCACUUCUGCUGUUGCCCUCUCUUUCAUUACGGCUUUGGUGUUAGCAAUCUUUGUGAAGUACCGCAACACGCCCAUUGUGAAAGUGAACAAUCGGAUGCUCUCCUACACCCUUCUCAUCUCCCUCCUGCUCUCCUUCCUCUGCACUUUGCUAUUCAUUGGCCAACCUCGGAGGAUGACCUGUCUCCUCCGACAAACAGCUUUUGGAAUUGUCUUCUCGGUGGUUAUUUCUUGCUUGUUGGCCAAAACCACCACAGUUGUGAUGGCCUUUAUGGCCAAUAAGCCCGGAUCCACAAUGAAUAAAUGGAUGGGGAAAAGGCUGGCCACAUCCAUUGUCCUUUCAUGCUCCUUUACUCAAGCCAUGAUUUGUACACUGUGGUUGGCAACCUCACCACCCUUCCCAGACUCGGACACAGAAUCAGAUACUCAGAAUAGCAUAUUGCAAUGCAAUGAAGGGUCUGACUUCAUGUUUUAUUGUGUCCUGGGCUUUAUGGGCUUCCUGGCUAUUAUCAGCUUCACUGUGGCUUUCCUAGCACGGAAGUUACCUGACAGCUUCAAUGAGGCCAAGUUUAUCACCUUCAGCAUGUUGCUCUUUUGCAGUGUCUGGUUAACGUUUGUUCCAACCUACCUUUCCACCAAAGGCAAAUAUAUGGUGGCUGUAGAGAUCUUCUCCAUCUUGGCAUCCAGUGCUGGAUUGCUAGGUUUUAUCUUUUUCCCUAAAUGCUAUAUUGUCCUCUUUAGGCCUGAGCAGAACAAAAGGGAGCAGUUAAUGAAAAGAAAAGGUUAGAAAAUGCUUUCCGUCUUCCUUUUUGAUUGACAAUUGACAUCUGGAUGGAUAUAUGAGUAUAUUUCUGAUUUUGAUGAGGCUGCCUCACUGAUUUUUGGAUACAAAAAGGUUCAGACCUUAUCAUUUUAUGUGUCAUCGUAAAUGAGCUACUGUCUAAAAUACCAAAAUGCCUUGGAGAACUCUGCAGAAUGGAGAUAAACCAAGCCCUCGGAAGAUGGUAACAUGCUUUCAAGAUCUUUUUGCCCCUUUCAUGAAAAUAAUACAUGAAUAUAGUGAGAUAGAAUCAUAGAAUCAUAGAGAUGGAAGAGACCUCAUUGGCCAUCUGGUCCAACCCCCUGCCACGAAGCAGGAG